UCCAUCUCCAAACCGACCGAAUAAGCGAAACUGAAAAAGCAGAAGAAGAUAAAAUGGGGAAAGGGAGCAAAGAGAUGACUGUAGUCCAUGGCCUCGAUCUCAACAGGUACAUUGGAAGAUGGUAUGAAAUUGCUUCAGUACCUUCGUUUUUCCAACCCAGAGACGGUGUGAACACCCGUGCGACCUAUGCUCUCAAUGCUGAUGGAACCGUUCAUGUUCUUAAUGAGACCUGGAGCGGUGGAAAGAGGGAUUACAUCGAGGGUUCUGCUUAUAAGGCAAAUCCUAACAACGAUGAGGCUAAGUUUAAGGUGAAAUUCUAUGUUCCGCCCUUUUUCCCGAUCAUUCCUGUCACCGGCAACUAUUGGGUUCUCUUCCUUGAUCCGGAUUAUACGUAUGCGCUUAUUGGAGAGCCGUCUCGUACUAAUCUCUGGAUACUGAGCAGGACAACUCAUAUUGAUGAUGAAAUAUACAAUCAGUUAUUGGAGAAGGCAAAGGAAGAAGGCUAUGAUGUUAGUAAGUUACACAAAACUCCUCAGGCAGAUCCCCCUCCGGAGAGUGAUGAAGCAAGCCCAACCGACAAGAAGGGUUUUUGGUGGAUAAAAUCCUUAUUUGGUAAAUAAGAAAUACGUACAUGCUUGCUUGUAGUAAUUAAGGUUUUUAAUUCUAUAGAAAUGAAACUUUUAGGAAGUGCUAUUUCGCUUUGUGUGUAAUUUCAUGUGCAAGUUUACUUUCAGAAUCAUAUUCCAGCUUUAUGAAAUAAGAUUGAUGCUUUUGUGGAUUGAGAAGAACCUUUGCAAUUACCAUGGCUUGUGUGUGAAAUCAACUUAGCAUAUUUCAGCAA